ACGCAAUAUGAAGCUCCUAGGACUACUUUGGACCCUUUGCGUUCUACAUAAAACAUCUCUGGCUCGACUUCAAGACGGUUUCUCGUUUAAGACAUCCAUAUGUGAUGGUAAGAACGGGGGCCUUUUGCCCAUGUAUGGAACGUGUAGGGGCUAUUAUGUGUGUCUUGAUGGGAGCGCUGUAAUUGGAUCCUGCGACGGUAGCACUUUGUUUAAUCCCAAAACUUUACAUUGCGAUGAUGCCAUAGACGUGGACUGCAUAUUCGAGACCAAGCUAAAUGAUUACAGCGAUGGAUCGAGCUCGGCCAGUGAGGAGGAUGAGGAGCCACCGAAAAUCGAUAUUCCACCCACGCGGCGACCGUCAAAGCAGCAGAGACCGAGACCUGUGGCACAACAAACUUUGGACACAUUUAUCAGCAGAGUGUGCGCUGGUAAGAAGGAUGGUGUGACCCUGGCAAAAGAAGGCUCUUGCAGUGAGUACUUUGUGUGCGAGUCAAAGCAGCCGCAUCUUCGCGUCUGUCCCAGCAAUCAGCAUUUUAGUCCCACUCGUCGGAUCUGUAUGAAGCCGAGAGACGCCAAGUGCCUGGUGAGCCAGGAAGAUCGUCGCCUAGAGGAACCAGCCACAUCCGCCGGGGUCUGCCCCGAGGAAAAGGAGAACUCUUUGGUUGCCCAUCAGAAAGAUUGUGGAAAGUUUUUACUCUGCAGCAAUAUGAUGUUCCUGGAAAUGGAUUGUCCCACAGGCCUACAUUUUAAUUCCAAAACGUUGCGGUGCGACUAUCCCAAGAUUGCAAAUUGUCAGGUGAAGCAAACAGGAAAUAAAGCUGCUUCAAAGAAAAAAAAUUCAGCACGUAAACCCAAAAAUCGUCCCUUGUAACAAUUUCAUGCAAAUAAAAUAAAUUUCGUAUAUGUAAGUCAUCACAUAUUUUCAUACUACGGAUAAUCUAUUCCUAUCUCCUCAUAGCAUGCACGUCGAUAAGGCCAAAGCUCGACAAUUACUGUUAGCUUAAUAGAA